CGUCUGCAUUAACUAGUUUCUAUUUACAAGUCCAAGAGUUGAUGAAUCAGAUGAAAACUUAUUCAUAGAGUAAUAAUGUUUUGUACUUGGUUGGGGGUUUAUGGUUCUGUCUCUUUUUUAUGGCUUUGUUCAUACACAAAAGAGUUGUUCUGCAUUCAAACUGUAUUUAAGAAGAAAUCUCCAUGUCAUAUUUUUCUAAAUGACAUGGCAAGACAAGUUGGAACCAUAAGCUCUACAGAGGCAUAGCGUGCAACAAUUGCUGGACUGAUGCAGAUUGCGGCAGCUGCUGGGAUGAACCGCUGGAGCUGGGGAACCGCUGGCAAUGCCAGUAAAUCGGACAAAAGUGGGCCGCACAGAGGGAGGCUGAUGAUGCUGCUGUGGAUUAUCCUCUCCAGCUCACUGUGCCGGAUGGUCGACGGCCAGAUGAAGCUUUCACCAGAAACGGUGCAGCAGUGGGCUGUAUCCUUUGGCAAAGAGAUGGCCGCCCUGUCCACCAGAUACUCUGGAGCUAAACUGCUGCAAAAGAAAUACAAGGAUGUCGAGGGUAUGGUGAAGAUAGAGGAGGUGGACGGAGAGGAGCUAGUAAAAAAGUUUGCUGAGGAGAUGGAGGAGAUGCUUGGGAGGAAGAUGAAAUCUGUGAAGAGGUUAGCAGAAGCAGCAGAGGAUGCUGACCUUUACCACGAGUACAAUGAAACACUGGAGUUUGAAUACUUUAACUCCCUGCUGAUCAACUCGGUGGAUGAAGAUGGGAAUUCAGUGUCGCUGGGAGGAGAAUUCCCUCUGGAGAAAAAUGAACACUUUGAUAAACUGCCAGUCAACACACAACUGAGUAACAUACAAGUCCCUACUAAUGUUUACAACAGAGAUCCAGCUAUUCUGAACGGAGCCUAUAUGUCUGAGGCUCUGAAUGACGUGUUCAUUGAUAACUUCCAGAAAGAUCCAACUCUCACCUGGCAGUACUUUGGCAGCGCUACAGGCUUCUUCAGACUGUACCCAGGGAUCCAGUGGAUUCCAGAUGAAAAUGGUGUGGUCACCUUUGAUUGCAGAAACAGAAACUGGUAUAUCCAGGCAGCCACUUCGCCUAAAGAUGUGGUAAUCGUGGUGGAUGUCAGUGGCAGUAUGAAGGGACUCAGAUUGACCAUAGCCAAACACACCAUCAAUACAAUCCUGGACACGCUGGGAGAAAAUGACUUUGUUAACAUAAUAGCUUACAGUGACUAUGUUCGCUACGUGGAGCCCUGCUUCAAGGGCACGCUGGUACAAGCUGAUCUGGAUAACAGAGAGCAUUUCAAGUUAUUGAUUGAAGAGCUUCAUGUCAAAGGCGAGGGCAAAGUGAAAAAGGCAAUGAAGGAGUCUUUCAAGAUCCUCAACGAGGCUGCAGCGCAGGGCCAGGGCAGCCUAUGUAACCAAGCCAUCAUGCUGAUAACGGAUGGAGCAAUGGAGGACUUCCAGGAUGUUUUUGAAGAGUUCAACUGGCCAGAACGACGGGUUCGAGUGUUCACCUAUCUGAUUGGACGAGAGGUGACAUUUGCUGAAAAUGUUAAAUGGAUUGCCUGCAACAACAAGGGGUACUACACACACGUCUCCACACUGGCUGAUGUCCAGGAAAACGUUAUGGAGUACCUCCAUGUUCUGAGCCGGCCAAUGGUCAUUAACCACGAUCACGACAUCAUCUGGACUGAGGCCUAUAUGGACACUGUGCUGUUCAACAGUCAGGCCCAAAGCCUGCUUCUGAUGACCUCGGUAGCCAUGCCUGUGUUCAGCAAGAAAAAAGAGACUUUGUCUCAUGGGAUUCUGUUGGGAGUGGUAGGAGCUGAUGUGGCCUUGAAAGAACUGAUGAGAUUAGUUUCAAGAUACAAGCUGGGUGUCCAUGGUUACGGCUACCUUUUAACCAACAACGGCUACAUCCUGUCCCACCCUGACCUACGACCUCUGUAUAAAGAGGGGAAGAAGCUAAAGCCAAAACCCAACUAUAACAGUGUUGAUCUGGCAGAGGUGGAAUGGGAAGACACCGAGGAGAAACUGAGGACCGCCAUGGUUAAAGGAGAAACUGGAACGAUAUCUUUAGACGUGAGAACUUCAGUGGAUAAAGGAAUGAGAGUAAUGUUCCUGAAGAAUGAUUACUUCUACACUGUCAUCAACGAGACACCAUUUAGUCUGGGUAUAGUGUUGACUAGAGGAUAUGGACAGUAUAUCUUCACUGGAAACGUCUCUGUUGAGGAGGGUCUCCAUGACUUAAUGGCUCCAGACCUGACCAUAGCCAAUGAAUGGACCUACUGUGAGACAGACAUUGACCCGGCCCACCGUAAGCUUAGCCAGCUGCAGGCUGUGGUGCGAUACCUCACUGGUAAAGAACCAGAUCUGGAGUGUGAUGGGCAGUUGUUGCAACAAACUCUUUUCGAUGCUGUGGUCACAGCUCCUAUGGAAGCCUACUGGACCGCUCUCAUGCUCAACACAUCUGGUAUGGAAGAGGGGGUAGAAACAGCAUUCUUGGGGACCCGAUCAGGCCUGUUGAGAUUCCAGAGAUACACUGGUAUGGAGAAAAGAACAGCCAAGUCUUUCCUGACCUCCACAGACAAGGAGAAUAUGUUUACAUUGGACCAUUUCCCAGUGUGGUAUCGCAGAGCAUCCGAGUACCCAGCUGGACAGUUUCUGUACUACAUGCCCAGACAGGAAACUAGAGCAGGGAGGAUCGUGAUUGCUGCUACUGCUGUCACUGUUACGGUGGGCAAGAAAACUGCCAUCGCUGGAGCCAUCGGUGUCCAGAUGACUCUGGAUAUGAUGGAGUCCAAAUUCUGGGCCAUUGCAGCACAGCCAAAUGACACAGAUUGCUCUGAUACUGAUGGAGUUUGUCCUCUUCGGUGUGACAGCUUUGAUAUUGCAUGCUACGUGAUUGACAAUAAUGGCUUUGUCCUAAUUUCUAAACAGCGCAGUGAUGCGGGAAGAUUCUUUGGCGAGGUUGACGGAUCUGUGAUGACAACGCUAAUCAGAAUGGGCAUGUUUAAAAGGGUGUCCUUGUUCGACUACCAGGCCAUGUGUAAGAUGAACUCGCACUCUGUCAGCAGCGCACGUCCACUUCUCAGUCCGUUCUAUGGUUUGGCUUCAGCCCUCAAGUGGUUCCUCUCCAACUUCCUACUGUUUCUCCUGGAGUUUAAUAUCUGUGGCUUCUGGCACAUGGAGCAUUUCGCUGACGCCAAGCCAUCUUUCAGCUUGUCCUCAGCUCAUAAGAAAAGAGGGGACAUCCUGCAGCCGUGUGACACCGAGUACCCCAGCUUCGUCUACGAGCCAUCAGUCAAAGAGACCAACAGCAUUAUUAAGUGUGGACGCUGCCAGAAGAUGUUUGUGGUGCAACAGAUACCUGAGAGCAACCUGUUGAUGUUGGUGGUGCAGGCAGACUGUGACUGUUCCAGACAGUACCCACCCCUCACCAUGCAGCCCAAAGAAGUGAAAUAUAAUGCCUCAGUGAAGUGUGACAGGAUGAGGUCCCAGAAGAUUCGCCGACGCCCCGAGUCCUGCCACGCCUACCACCCCCAGGAGAACGCCAAUGACUGUGGAGGAGCUUCUAUUAUAUCUCUCUCUGCCUCUCUCUUUCUCACCUGCCUCUCCUUCUUGGCACUUGUCUCCUGAUGAUGGACAACUUUGCUGUUUUACCCUUUCUCAUAUAAAGGAGGAGAUUGGAAUGAAUCAAGAGAUGUGGUUGGACACUGGACACCUCAAGUGGAUUUUAAAAAAACUAAUUCUGCACAUUUUGUUAAUGACAACCACAAACCUUGUCUCUACUGAAGGACCAUUGAUGUGGUUUUUGAGCAUUUGUUACUCCUGCAAAUUAUUACACUUGAACUGAAAACUGCAAAGGAAGCAAGUGAAUGGGCUGUUGUUGCCAUGGAUAAUUUUCCCAUUAGUUGCUUUCUCAUACAUCAUUUUGCAUCUCAAAAUGAAAAGGGACUAAAGAGAUGCAGGUGGUAGCUAUGACGUGCAUUG